AUGCGCCGACUUCCAAAGAGCGACAUGAUGAAGUUGGUUGCAAAGCAAACGUGGUUGCACGGCGGGAGUGCGGCCGAAGACAUCGGGCGAUGCAGACUGAAGGGACGAGGAAGGGGAAAGGGAGGAGGGGGAGAUGAGAGGAAAGGGCGGAGGGGCAGAGGGGCAGAGGAGGGGGGGCAGGUGAAGGCAGCGGCGCGCAACAAAGCACCUUCCGGGAACCGCCACAAUACAGGUUUGCGGCGACGUGCGAUACCUUCGCAGAUACAGGCGACCGGCCAGGUAAUGCACUCGGCCCUUUUGUCAACCGAAACGUCGCCCGCGGAGAAACGGUACCUCGACCUACAGCUGCGGCUUCGUAACAGGCGUUCGAGUUUGUUCAUUCCCUUAAUACAUCACCAGGUCAAGGCUUCAAAU